GAAAGUUUCCCUGAGGAAGAGAGCUUUCACGCGCGCCGCCGUUAGUGUGAAUGACACGCGCUUUCCUGGAGAGCCGUUUGUUUGUGACGCACGGGUGAGACAGUUGAGCUGCGCGAGCCGCGAGGUGCUCAGUCAGUAUCGGUUCAGCUCAGCUCAGCUCAGCUUGGGAACACCAGGGAGCGCGAAGUAGCCUACGGUAGUAAUGUUGGGCUCGGACUCGGAGGACCACGGAGAGACUCGCAAACGCAACGGUACGGGAAUGAAGCGUCCAUUUAGUCCUGAUGAAGAGGGAUCGAAUGGACUGACUGGGCAUGAGGGUGUAUCCUCUGAUGGGAUGGAGUUUACCAGACAGGACCCCCCACCUAUAAACCCUCGUUCGAAGCGGGAGCGCAAACACAGGUCGUACACACUCUGUGAAGUGUGCAACAUUCAGCUGAACUCCGCAGCACAAGCACAGAUACACUACAAUGGCAAAACACACCAGAAAAGACUCAAACACAUAAACAACAGCAACACAGGUACGACUGCUCAGGGGAGCCCCCUGCUGGCCUCAUUACAGGUGCAGGGUCGCCCGCUGCAGACCCCUCUGGACCUGAAACACUUCCUGCCCUUCCGGCUCAGUGGCUCCUCUCCCCUCAGCCUGUUCCCCAACUUCAACACCAUGGACCCAGUGCAGAAGGCCGUGAUAAACCAUACGUUUGGUGUUCCUCAGGCUCUGAAGAAAAAACAGGUCAUCUCAUGCAAUAUCUGCCACCUGCGCUUCAACUCCACGAAUCAAGCUGAGGCUCAUUAUAAAGGCCAUAAACAUGCUCGUAAGCUGAAGGCAUUAGAGGCUCAGAAGAACAAACAGCAGAGACGACAACUCGACAAUGCGCAUCACAACCGAGACAGAGACAGAGAGAAGGAGAGAGAGAGGGACAGGGAGAGAGACGGCAACAGAGUAAAAAUGAGCGCUCCGGAUCCACUUCCUGCUCUGCUGGAUGACACCGCCGUGGAGGGAACUGCAAUCUGUGACUCGGACCCUGUCGCCAGGGUGGAUGAUGCUCAUUCUAGUUCAGUGGUCCUGACACCUAUAUCAGAGGUGUCAUCUGCGGACCUGUCGGUCUCCUCCCCUCACUCCCAGCACCCAGACGGACUGCUGGAUCCUGCCAGUGCCACCAGUGAGACGGGCGCUCAGCAGGACAGCCCUACAGGAGACACACCGGCAGAGAAAGACCCCAAAAAAACGGCCAAACAACAACAUCUGCAUUGCCCCAUCUGCAAAGUCACCGUCAACUCUACCAAUCAGAUGGAAGCUCACAACAGUGGCACCAAGCAUAAGCUAAUGAUGGAUGGACAGAGUGUGUUGCCCCGAAGACGAGGGAAGGCAAUGUCAUCCCGCACCUCAUGUAAAAGCAAGCGAUUGGCCAGCAAGGGAAGUGUGGGCGUGGCCAGCAAGAGUUUCUACUGUGAAGUUUGUGAGAUCCAUGUUAACUCUGAGACUCAACUCAGCCAGCACAUGAACAGCCGAAGGCACAAGGAUAGACUGGCUGGGAAACCUCCGAAGCCCAAGUUCAACCCUCACACCAAGAGCCAGCCUACCUCAGCAGCAUCGCAGGGUGUCAGAUGGAACGGUUAUGCGAGUGGUGCAAUGUCUGCGAUGAAGAAAGUUAUCAGCCAAUGCAAUUUUUCCUCUCUGUCCUCACAGACUAAACUGGUUCUACAGAAGCAAUUGGCUAAAAAUUUGACCGCCAGCUUCCUGCCCACCCACAUGACUCCGCCCACCCUCUGCACAGUCGCGGCCAAUCCGCUUGCACUGCGACACCCACCGGGCACUACUUUCAUUCAGACGCCGAUCCUCGGCCCUGCGCUCUUUAGGCCAGCUCCCGGACCUCUGAGAGCCACACACACUCCCAUUAUAUUUUCUCCUUAUUGAUCGCCCACAAACGAAAUAGACACGCUCUCUUUCAACAAGGGUGCAUAUUCACAUGAUUUAGUCUUACGAACCAAUCUCAGUACUGACGGUCUCUGUGCAAACUUCGUCCGUGCUCCCACUCUCUCCACGCUGUAUACACGAGUAUAUAAACACCAUAGUGUUCCCUAUCCUCCUCAAAGACUGUGACUCUGACUCUGAGAGUGUCACUCUUGAACUAUGCAGCAAAGGGAGAGAGAGUGUGUGAGAGAGAUCGAGAGAGAGAGAGCAAGACCAUAUAUGGUGUAUGGGAGGGGCCUCAUUGCUAACACCAUGCACUAUGCAGAUGAACGCUUGAUUGACAGGACGUAACUGAUAAAAGAGUGAAAGAGCUAUAAGAAGGAUAUUUAGCUUUGCUUUAUGAGAUAUUUAUCAUUAUACAGAUAUUAAUCAGGUUUUUAUUCAAUUAUUUAUUAGAGGAAAGACAAUUUUAGAGACCUAUAACUGCGCUAGCUGUGUGUUUAGUGAGGAAAUGCAAACAUCCCUUUACUUGAUGCUUUGUUGAAAAAAGUAUUUUCAAUUGUCAUUAGUCUAUUUUCAUGUCGUUCCACGUGGAUACGUUGCUGUCGGUCUGUGUAUUCACAUGCAUUUCGAGUAACCUCAUCCUGACCGACUUUUGUUACAAAUAUAAACCUCGUUGGUCUGUCAGUUAACAGAUGCUAAGGCUUUCUGUCAUGGUUAAUCACAGAGUAACACAGAGUGUCAGUCUAAUAGACGAAGGUGACAAUUUGGUAGCAUGGCAACACACACCCGACCCGGUCCUAAUCAGUGUCGAAAUUUUCUCAGUGUUGAUGCAUAGAUUAGGUGAUUUCAGAUUGCACAUGCACACACACACACACAAUCUUAGAUGAGAUGAUUACAGUUCAGUCACAGAUUGACGUGGCCUUUAAUGUCUGCAUAUUUUGUUCUCAGUAUUUCCUUAUUACGGGCUUACAAAGGUCAGUACGCCUGUCAAAAAUCUGUCUGCGUCCCAUCUUAAGAUCUAAACCCUCACAAUGUGAUUUGCUUGUGCGUGUGUGUGUGUGUGUGUCAUCAAUUCAUUACUCCUUUGAUUUUAUUCAGAACAACAUUUUCGAUUCUGGAAGCGUCAAUGAUUUAGUUGCACAGAGGAGCCAUUGCCAAAACAUAAUGACUAUAAUGGCGGUUAGUGAAAACUCACUGUCCGUACUGUUAAAAGGAGGGUGCAGGAGUAUUUUAAGAUUACGCUUGCAUAGCUUCGUAUUCAAUUUCAAAUAUAUUAAUCUUACCCUCUACAAGUAUACAACUGUUCCUGUCAGAUUGCACAGUCACAUCGCUUUGCCCCAAAUUGGCAUCAUCUGAUGGUUUUGGAUGGAUUAAGACUGAUCAGCUGACUCCAGACCUGUAGAAUUAGAUGUUGCUGUUAAGUCAAUGUUGUUUCAUCAGAGCCAUUUUUCAUCUGUCUGAUUUUUUUUUUU